AAUACCACAGUGAUACAUCAGGGAAUAUCAUGUACUACAGAGUUAAAUGUAACAUAACUUCUUUUGCACUUUAUCUUUAAUUUCUAAAACCCCUCUGUGCUACAGCUGUGGGAGACCAUACAUCAGACUGAGCCAUGGGGAGGGCUCAAUAGACAAGGGAGACAGGAUACCACGGUCAGAGGACCAAGUGGUCGUGUCAUCAGACUACGACAGCACCCACGAAGCCAACCACAGUGACAGCAGUGAUGUAGCACAUACAGAGGAGGACACAGAGGAAGGAAAAAACGCCUCCCAGAAUGUCAUCCUCCACCCACUAAUACCUCCUGAGGACAAACCAAUUCUGGCUCCAGAGCCGUUAAUAAUGGAGGACUUAGAGCCUCUGAUGAGUCAACUAAACAAUUGGAACUUCCCCAUCUUCAGCUUGAUGGAGAAGACCAAUGGGAAAUGUGGACGGAUCCUCAGUCAGGUCUCCUACAGGCUCUUUGAAGACACUGGCCUGUUUGAGACCUUUAAGAUCCCUGUAAAAGAAUUCAUGAACUACUUCCAUGCCCUUGAGAAUGGUUACAGAGACAUACCAUAUCACAACAGGGUCCAUGCCACAGAUGUGCUUCAUGCAGUCUGGUACCUCACCACGCAGGCUGUGCCUGGUCUACCCAGUCUCAUUACUGAUCAUGGUUCUGCCAGUGACUCAGACUCCGACAGCGGAAUAACACACAGUCAUAUGGGCUUCCUGGUUUCAAAGACCUACACUGUGUCAGAAGAUGGUUACGGCUGCCUGUCAGGCCUCAUACCUGCUCUGGAGCUCAUGGCCCUUUAUGUGGCCGCCGCAAUGCAUGACUACGACCACCCCGGUCGGACCAACGCUUUCCUUGUGGCCACCAGUGCCCCACAGGUACUCAUGCUUUUCAGUCCAUAG